AUGCGCCUCACACUCGCCCUCGCGGCCCUCGGCCUGGCCGUCGAAUAUGUCGCCGGGCAGCAGCAGUGGCAGGACUUCGGGGCCAUGCCGGACCUCUUGAAGCAGCCCUUCUACGACGCCGUGGCCCGCUCGCCCUCGCUGGCGAAGAGGGACGGCGGCUGCGAUGAAGGCGAGCAUCCAUGCUCCGACGUCAACUCAACCAAAUGUUGCGCAAACACCCACUACUGCAUCAUAAACGAGACCGACCUGGCCGUACAGUGCUGCACGCUCGGCUCGACCUGCGGCAUGACGUGCCAGCCAAACCAGUUCUACUCGCAGAUAACAACCACGCAGACGACCUCCGGCUCCACGACCGUCGGCACAGCCGGCGCGUGCAUCGGCCGCAAGUGCCAGAGCACGAACUACCUCUGCCCGGAGUCCAUGGGCGCCAACUGCUGCGCCUACGGCCAGGACUGCGCCAGCAGCGGACAGUGCCUCGACUACGGCGCCGCAACCAGCACCAGCAGCGGCCUCGCGGGGCCCACGGUCGCCACCAUGAUCCCCUCGGGCUGCUCCCUCCAGGGCGACUCCACCUGCUCCGUGGGCGGGGCCGGCAUCGCGACGACGACGGGGUGCUGCGGCGCCGGGUACACGUGCGCCGUCUCGUCCAACAAGGCCAUCUGCACGAGUGUGCAGCCUACCUCUUCCACCUCGGGGCCCAUCCCCACGGGGUCCGGCAUCUCCAUCGUCCCGCAGCAGCGCGGGCUCUCAGCCGGCGCCAAGGCAGGGAUAGCCGUGGGCGUGGUGAUCGCCGCGGCCCUCGUCAUCGGCGCGGCGACGUGGUUCUGCAUCAGGCGGCGGCGCUCGGGGCGGAGCACCACGACGGGCAACGAGAUGGCCAGCGGGAUCAACGGCGCGGGCACGGGCACGGGUGGUGGCAGAGGCAGCCACCACCUCGCCGCCGCGGGCCGCUUCGAGAGCGACGACGGCGGGCUGCGCCCCUACGGGCCCAGCUCGGGCCCGCACAUGUCCGAGGUGGACGGGUACGCGGCGUCGUCGUCCGCGCGGGGCGGACCGCUUCCCGGGCUGACGAACGACUACUUCGGCCCCGCCGCCGCGAGCGGGCCGUACACCACGCCGCCUGAGCACCGCUACGGCCCUCCGGGGACGUCGCCGGACUACCUCGCGCGGCCUGUGCGAGGCGAGGGGGGCACCCCGCACGGCCCGGAUGACAUCGCGGCCGCGGUGGAGAUCGGGAGCGGGAAAAAGGAGGACAAGUUCACGCCGAGGCUGCCGUCCGAUCAGGGCAGCGAGCUGGACGGGUCGGAUACUAACCUGGCGCUGCGGCGGCAGCAGCAGCAGCAGCAGCAGCAGCAGGCUGCGCGGCAGGGAACCAGCUCACCACCCGUCAGGGACAGCAUUGCCGGGCGGUUUGAGCUGUAUGGCACCGACGUGCCUGUUGGCGGUGGGAGUGGAGCAGUGGACACGCGCGCGCCGCGGCCGCUGGGGACACCGGGGAGCGAGUUGAGUGCCAGCGAGCUGGGGACGCCGAGCCCCAUGAGCCACGAGGAGCAGCAGCAGCAGCAGCAGCAAAGUGGUCCGAAGGCGGCGGGAUGA